AUGGCAAUGUGCAUCCUUCAGUAUAUCCCUGUCAAACUUAAUACAUUUUGUGCUCAACAAAACUUCUUUUCAUUUAUUUUUCCUCAUACGUUCAUCAAGUCUAAUUUAACUCUCUUCAUGAUCCGUCGUCGUGAGAGUACAAAUUUAACAUUAGACAAGGAUGUAACAAUACAGAUUGAGUCUAUGGAAGAAGAAUGGAUGACCAUGGAAUUAUUUGAGACAUUAUGGCUCAAUGCUACACAACAACAAUUUCUUCAGAUUCUAGGAAAAGAUCUUGUGGUUUUUCCACAUGAUUCGAUACAUCCAAACAAGUCAUUUGAUGUACGUGCAUAUGCCAGUGUCAUGGACAAGUAUGCCAUGAAGACGGUGCUACUAGUGAGAAUGGAGCAACUCCAUGACUCGGAGCAGAUUAGGAUAACUGUGAAAAAUACUGACCCCGUCGAUCAGACGCGGAUGACGGCGUUUUUAGGACUUUUGCAAGAACGCAUUCAACCAGGCAGUGCACCCCGAAGACCACAGCCGAGAAGUGCAGAUACAAGCACAGUGUUUCUGGAAGAGAGUGACCAUGAAGGAAACACGGAUUCAGACUCGUCAUCAGUGACACCGCCCGUGCAAACACCACCCGCGCGGACACCAUCGUCUUCCUCCUCGGCUCGUGUCGAGACGCCUCCAAGAACAAGUAUUACAGCGACGGUAGCAAGAUCGCUGACAGCCCCAUAUCCUGUUGAACGUGGACGGUCGCAUACUAUUCGAUAUCGGACAGACCGAGACAUUUCGUUUGAAGGAUAUUUGAGCAAAAAAAGCGACGUGCUUAUGAGUUGGAAGGCGAUAUAUUGUGUGCUCGAGGAGGACACGCUUGCGUUUUACGAAACGCGAGAGGACUUUAUUUCGAAUACGAAACUUAUCGGUCGAAUUCAGCUCCAGGCCAUUGAGGACGAAGAUAUGGGGAAACCGAAUGGGUUUCGUUUGAUUGCGGAAGGUAACCACAUUAAUCAUUUGAGCUCGCGAACUGCGUUCGAAAAAGAGCAGUGGAAGCGAGCAAUUAGUAUCGCCAUUUCCGAAGCACCAGAGGUGACACGUCCUUAUGUGGCGUUUGCGUCGCAGCCAUUAGAGCCGCACAAAUUCUAUCGAGUUCUAGGUGCAUUAUUGUGCCAAGAAAUUGAUGACUUUCCGCUAUUGCUUCGGAGUUUGCACCCAGAUAUUGUUGUGACGUCUAAUUUUCCUCCUAUCGUACCGUUUUGGGGGCAAUACCGUCGAUAUGAUGGUGUUCUAUUGUUUAUUUCUACAUUGUUAGACACGGUUAUGGUGGAUAAUUUUUCGCUUCUGGAGGUAAUUGAGCUGGUCCGUGGUGACGCAGAUUGCAUUGACGAUACUGGCGCUCAUCAUGAAGUAGUCACGCCUUCACCGAUCGCGACUGACUCAUACGUUUUGUCUCCCAAAACGAUGGAUGCACCGAAAUCAACCCCUAUCAGUGCGUCAACACCAUCGUCGCAAUGGAUAAGGCGCCUUGUGGUUACCGGAAAGGAGACCUACAACCUGCUUAAUACGGAAAACCGGCGGGUAACACAGCUUUUUGUACAUGAGCUGUGGUUAGACCACAAAGACCGUCUGGUGCGGUGGCAUUUGAACGGCGACGCUGUCGCACUCUCAGUUGCAUUUGAUGAUGCUCCACGAGAUUUUACAGGCUCAGCAGCUGCAUGA